AUGAAUAACAAGUUUGAUUUUAAAAGCAUCAGUUCAAGUCAGGCAUCCAUUAUGGGUGACCUUCAGAGACUUCUUAACCAAGGAGAAUAUGCUCCUUUUACCUCUGCUCCCAUCUUCGAGAGCAAGUUUGUCCAGGUUAAUCGAAGAGGGGAACCGAUUUCUGUCCAUAACCGAGCCAGCUGCGUGACCAUCGGCAUCUGUGCUGCCGAUCCCACUUCACCAAUGCCCAAUGCGAUGCUGGUAGCACGCGAGGUGCCUGUGUCCCCACAGGAAAGUACGACAAACUUCUGGAAACUCUCAGAGCAGCCAUCCCACAUGGAACAGCUAGCACUUACCAGGUUCUUCCCCUUGAAGUUUGUGGAACUCUCUGUCCACAGCACAGAUAAGCAUCACCUCAUGUUAAAAUUAGUAAAUGGCCGUUCCUAUUAUCUAGAGCUCUGUGCCCCACCAGACCAGCAACAACACCUAUUCCACCUGUGGCUGCAGCUCAUCUCUCUCCUGAAACCCCCAGAAAAUACCAGCAAUACUGAAGUCAGUGUAAAAUGCAAGGAUUUUGGCACAUGUCACAAGACAGCUCCCAGCCCAAACAACCCAUCAGAAAAAAAGGAUGACCCACAAGAUGUGCCUAACCCCAAAACAGAGGAGGAAGAAGUUACUAAACAAACAUCCUCCAACCAAGUUCCCCUCUCAGGCACCGUGGGUCCCACAGAAGAGAGUGGAAGGAAAGGGGAAGUCUUCCACAGCUCCCUGAAACCAACCAGGCAAGAAACCACCAUGCAGUCAAAGAAUAUAAAUCCUCUGGAUACAAAGAAGAGCAAAAGCACAGAAAAGAGGAAAACUAGCCCCAGCCUGGCUGGGGCAUUCAAGCUGGGGCUGUGGCUUCAGCAGCGGUACGAUGAGAACAGGGGGGUGACGAGGAAGGUGGAGGAGAAAGGGGCUGUGGUAGCAGGGAGCGCCCAGGGCGCACGCAGCAGGCAGCAGAAGAGCGGGCAGGAGGAGGCAGCUGGAGGUGGGAGAGGCGGACGGAGCAGGCCGCAGCCCAAGCAGGCAAGCCGGAUCCGUUCCGGGCACAGGGGCUCCCGCGGUGGUGCCUCUCCGGGGCGCAGAGAGAGCUGUGGUAGAGAGACGGGACAAGACCGUGGGAGGAUGGAGGCGGAUCAGCAGUGCCAUGCCUUCCGUAUUCUCCCCAGCCUCUCAACGAGACCUGAGGUAAGUGAUGAUAUAUCAGUGACUGCGAUCAGACUUCGAAGAAGUGACUGGUGGUGGUCUUUUUCUCAGUGUCUGCUGCUUCAAGGCACAGUUGCCCGUGCCUUAAAGGGACCCCUCUUUUUGGAGGAUUGA